AUGGCCUCGGCCCUCAGCCCACCCCGGGUCCCCAAGCCCAAGGCUGCUCUACCUUCUCACUACCACGAGAGCUUUCUGGAGAAGAAGGGGCCCUGUGACCGGGUGAGCCGGCUGGAGGCGCAGCUGCUCCUGGAGCGCUACCCCGAGUGCGGAAACCUGCUGCUGCGGCCCAGCGGGGACGGAACGGGCGGCGUGUCGGUCACCACCCGCCAGUCGCUCAACGGGACGUGGGUGGUCCGACACUACAAGGUGAAGCAUGAGGGCCCCAAGUAUGUGAUCGACGUGGAGGAGCCGUUCUCCUGCGCCUCACUCCACGCAGUGGUCAACUAUUUCGUGUCACACACCAAGAAGGCGCUGGUCCCCUUCCUGCCAGAGGAGGACUAUGAGAAGGUGCUAGGCUACGUGGAGGCGGAUAAAGAGAACGGCGAGAGUGUGUGGGUGGCACCCGAGACCCCUGCGCCCCAAAGCCCAGGUCCCACACCCCCGUCGGGUGGCCCCAAGCAGCUGCCUCCCGUGCCCGUCACGCCUGCGUCAAGCCAGGACAAGCUGACCCCACUCCCGGACCAGGAUGAGAACUAUGUGAUCCCCAUCGCAGACUCCCCAGUUGCCACCUAUGUGAAUGGGGAUGUGCCUGGCCCUAGUCGGCCGGUCGUCCUGAAGCCCAAGAGGUUGGCCAAGGUUCAAGGAAAGCCUCCAAAGCUACCAAAGCCACCCAUUGUGCCCAAGCCAGAGCCCAAAGGCCUCAGCGGUGGCCUGGCCAAGAAGCCGGUGGGCAACUCAGCACAGGCCUUCUUCCCCGCGACAGGCCUGGCAGAUUUGACGGCGGAGCUGGAGGAGAAACUGCAGAGGAGGAGGGCGCUGGAACACUCAGCUGGACACGCUGGGGACCAGUGA